AUGAAUUCUAUUCAGAAACUCAACCUCGAAUUCUGGGAGGAGAAUCGUGAAAAACGCUCCCUAUGGCCUGUUGCAUACCUACUUGGAGCAACGGACCUGGUUCCACUCCCUAGAACUCAGCAGGAUGCACUCUCAAAAUGUCUAGUCAAUGGGCAUGCAAAAUAUUUGCCCGACAAUUCAGCCAUUGUUCUUGAUGCCCUUCUUGAUGGCAAUGGCCGAAAUGAUCAGGUGUCAUGCUGGGUCCCUGAUGAUUCUCUAUAUUUUACAGGGGAUCAAGUGCUUUCCAGCAAUGCCAUCUGCACGCAUGUUCAAAAGUAUCUCAGCGUGACCACCCAACCUUCCACAUCAUCCAAUGUUACUACUCAGUCUGAGCUAUCAUCGGUCAAUAGGGCCUCAGCGAGGCUAGCCAGCAAAACUGCUGGGGCCAAGCAGGGUUUUGGCCUACAAGUUGAAGUGCCCCUUCAUACCCUGGACCCUUCUAAACCAACAGUCCUCCAUGUCUUGGACAUCCUCGAUGACUGGACUGCUGAACAGUUGCUGGCGAAGAUCACAUCUGAGAUGGGCAUCAACCCUGAGAACCACCAAAUCGUGUAUAAAACAUCCAAAAUGAAGGUAAAGGACAAUGCUAUUAUAAUUGACUGUGCAGAGACUCUUGCAGCUGGACUGGAAGUUCAAUGCCAAAUUCAAUCCCGUGCUCAUGAGCAAAAGCACAUGAAAAUAUUCAAUCUCUCUGCUGUUGAGAAGACUACUAGUAAGGCAAAAGGCAAAAAACCUUCCACUCGAUCCGAUGCUAGCCCACCUUCAAACUUGCGCAAAGAAACCUUCAAACAACUGAUCAAAUCCACUUGGUGCAAUAGACACUCGCGACAGUGCUAUCCUCACCCAAAGGCAGAUUGGGAGCAUCUAUUUUUGUCGAACAAGGUCAUGGAUCUGUGGGCCAAUCACCUGAGUCAAGGUACAGUGGGUGUAACAUUGGAGAGGCCACCUCAACAUAAAGCGUUUGAUGGAUGCAAUGUAAAACGUCAAAAACGCUCUCGGUCUCUAUCACCUCUCCGCUCCACCAAACGCCCCAAGAUCUCUCAGUCCCCAGAUAUUGAACGAUCUGGCAACACGACGCUGACAAAGCGCCCUCUGUCUAUGUCCCCUCUUCACAGCUCCAAACGUCCCAAGAUUACUGAGCCACUACUCAUCACUGACCCGAUCGCAGAGCCUGGCACUUCCAAGACCACCAAGUCUGUGCAUGUCAACACAUUGGCCAAUGCAACUGCAGGACCCAGCUCUCUGAACCAUGCCCCAAACCCAAUCACGAAACCUGGGACUUUCAAGAUCACCAAGCCCACGCAUGUCAACCCAUUGACCUCAGGACCGAGCACCCCGAAGUGUGCCCCACUUAUCGACUUAACCCUAUCCCCGUCACCACCCAUUGCUGCAUCGCCUUCGCACAUCCGUUACCAACGUCAAGUCAAACGCAAGUAUCAUUCAGCAACAGUUGUCGACAUCCCAUCGUCACCAUGCAGGCAGCUUUUGCACAAACGGAUCAACUCCCCACCCAUCACUUACCUCCUUGUACCUGACUCUGGGAGUGAGGACGACAUUGGUUUUGAUGUUAAACAGGGUCACACUGAGGUGGAGCCUGGUCUGGUGGAGCUCAGUAGCGAUGAUGAGCUUGUUGAUGCCGUCGAUGAAGCCUGA